AAAAGGAGGACAGCUUCAACCCUCCUGCCUCUUCUCAAUAGGCUGAGAGGACAGGGUUAUAGGACCAGAAACUUAAAUCAGAGCCAAUAUACUGGUACUGGAGGUAAACGCUUAAGCGUAGGGGUGAGCUAGUUUGUCCAGAUUGCUACAGUGGAUUGGCUUAGUACAGUAUUACCAGACUUGUCAACUGUGAGACCUCUUUUCUUUUCCCCCUGUUUGUGGAUGAUGGAACUUUAGCCAUGUGGCAGAUAGCUGAUCAGCUUCCUUGGAUUUUGCUGACGACACCGCUUUGUUGUGCGUGAAGAUGGAAACACUGGAGUCGGAGCUGACCUGCCCAAUCUGUCUGGAGCUCUUUGAGGACCCACUGCUCUUGCCCUGCGCUCACAGCCUGUGUUUCAACUGUGCCCACCGCAUCCUAGUCUCCCACUGCACCCCCAACGAGCCUGUGCAGUCCAUCAGCGCCUUCCAGUGCCCAACCUGUCGCUAUGUCAUCACCCUCAGCCAGAGGGGCCUAGAAGGACUGAAGCGUAACGUCACUCUGCAGAACAUCAUUGACCGCUUUCAGAAGGCUUCCGUGAGCGGGCCCAACUCCCCCAGUGAGACUCGCCGCGAGCGGGCCGCCCUAGACAGCACGGCCAUGACCUCCCCCAGCGAGAGGGUGCAGUGUCAGUUCUGUGAGCAGGACCCUCCCCAAGACGCCGUCAAGACCUGUGUCACCUGUGAGGUGUCCUACUGCGAUGAAUGCCUGAAGGCCACCCACCCCAAUAAGAAGCCAUUCACUGGCCACCGUCUGAUCGAGCCCAUGCCGGACUGCCACCUCAGGGGACUCAUGUGUCUGGAGCACGAGGACGAGAAGGUGAACAUGUACUGUGUCACAGAUGAACAGUUGAUCUGUGCCUUGUGCAAACUGGUCGGUCGGCAUCGGGACCACCAAGUAGCAGCACUCAGCGACCGCUACGAGAAACUGAAGAGAACUCCAGACUGCUAUCUCAGUGAGAGGAGCGAACAGGAGGAAACAGACCAGCAAGCCUUGGACUCUAACCUCAGCAAUCUAAUCAAGAGGAACAAUGAGUUGGAAACUCUGAUGGGCAAGUUGAUUCAGACUUGCCAACAUGUGGAGUGCAACGCAUCAAGACAAGAGAACAAGCUCCUUGAAGAAUGUGACCUCCUGAUCGACAUCAUACAGCAGAGAAGGCAGAUGAUAGCCACCAAGAUAAAGGAGGGCAAGGCUAUACGGCUGCGAAAGCUAGCCCAGCAGAUCGCCAGCUGCAAGCAGAUCAUUGAGAGAUCGUCAUCCCUCAUCACUCAGGCUGAUCACACCCUCAAGGAGACAGACCAUGCCCGCUUCCUGCAAACAGCCAAAAGCAUCUGUGAAAGAGUGUCCAUGGCAACAGCAUCCUCUCAGAUCCUGAUACCAGAGAUCAACCUAAAUGACACCUUUGAUACGUUUGCGUUGGACUUCACAAGGGAAAAGAAAAUGCUGGAAAGCUUGGAUUACCUCACAGCACCAAAUCCCCCAAUAAUCCGGGCGGAAUUGUGUACGGCAUCGAACGACACCAUCACUGUUCACUGGACGUCUGAUGACGAGUUCUGUGUCGUCUCCUAUGAGCUUCAGUAUGCCAUCUUCACCGGACAAGCCAAUGUUGUCAGUUUGUGUAACUCGGCUGAUAGCUGGAUGAUUGUGCCCAACAUCAAGCAGAACCACUACACGGUGCAUGGACUCCAGUGUGGCACCAAGUACAUGUUCAUCGUCAAGGCCAUCAAUCAGGCAGGGAGUCGCAGCAGUGAGCCUUGGAAACUCAAGACCAACAGUCAACCAUUCAAGUUGGACCCAAAGUCUGCUCACAAGAAGCUGAAGGUCUCCCAUGACAACCUGACAGUGGAACGAGAUGAGACGUUGUCCAAGAAGAGCCACACUCAGGACCGCUUCACCAGCCAGGGCAGCUACGGCAUCACAGGGAAUGUGUACAUCGACAGCGGGCGCCACUACUGGGAAGCCUUGAUAGGAGGGAGCACAUGGUUUGCUGUGGGCGUUGCUUACAAGUCAGCACCGAAACAUGAGUGGAUCGGCAAGAACUCUGCCUCGUGGGUACUGUCUCGCUGCAACAACUCCUGGGUAGUACGUCACAACAGCAAGGAGAUGCCCAUCGAACCGUCCCCCCACCUGCGUCGUGUGGGGGUGUUGCUGGACUACGAUGCUGGCUCCCUGGCCUUCUACGACGGCGCCGGCUCACAGCACCUGUACACGUUCGACAUCGCCUUCGCUCAGCCAGUCUGUCCCGUGUUCAACGUGUGGAACAAGUGUCUGACCGUCCUCACAGGGCUGCCCAUCCCAGACCACCUAGAGGGAACAGACUGCCGGGAUUAACAGUCCAGCUAAUAGAACACAGAGACACAGAGGGAGCAGAACAAACUGAUUACAGCCUCACCUGGCUGCCUUUUUGUCACAUCACCAAUGCUGUAUAAAACAGAAUAAAGCCAUGGUCACAGAUGUCUCUAAUCAUGCUCUUACUAGAAGUCAAUUCAUUUCUUGAAUUAUUUAUGGAAACCAUUUAUUGGAUUUUAUUUCUUGCUUUGCACAUUAAUGUACACUACUAUAUGUAUUCGUGUUGGGUUUUGGGGUGCGCUGAGAGAGGAAGAUGGAUAUAACGUUUUGAAAUUCAGUCAAACGUAUUUUCAUGCAGCUCUGAGAAUAGUUGAUUUCCUUCUUACAAAUGUAGAAGGUUGUUUCCGUCUUUCCGUGUGUCCAUCGUCGGCAGCGUGUUGAUGAACGGUCCGUGUGCAACCUGUUGAUUUUGACACGGCAUCACAGCAGCAGUGCCACGGAUUACUUCAUAAAGCAGUCGUAACAGGAUUAGUCAUCUACACCUGUUCUGUUUCAUGCAGGUGUACCAAGAUCCUCUCUACAAUUAGAGUUAUAAUAAGCAUGUUAAGAGUUAUUUUAAGAGUUCUUCUUAGGGUGAUUUAGUGCACUGACAACUCGACUAUGAUUGACAAAUUAACCGAGACAAUUCUUCAUCUUCUCUUUGUUGAAAAUCACUAUGAUGUUAAAAAGCUUACUAUUGCUGAAAAUGUACAUUUGAAAUAGAAGCCAUUUUAAGUUAAAUUUCGACACAGAAAUAACUUAUAGAGUCGAUUGAAACACCACCGCGUCACAUGGUGAUGGAAUUUUGAAUAUUGAAUAGCUCCUUGUGUGUUUCUGCUAAAGACCAGAGAGGUGAAGCGAGAGGGAUAACUGGGCGUUUUUUUUUUUUUUUUGCUCAUCAAGCACAGGAGUUUUUUGUCUGGUCAAAGAAAGUGUGUCGAAUUUGGUUUUGAAAAAUGCGCUUAUUUGCUACUUGUGGCUUAUUUGAUUGAAUAUAACUUUCAGAAUGAUUAUGUUGUUAGGUGUGUACUGAUACAAGUGCAUGAAGGCCACUUCGAGAAAAAACAUUUUAUAUUGGAGUUGUACCUGGUCGUCACUAGUUACCGCAGCCACAAAGUUUUUUAAUGAUUUAUUUGAUGAUAUAUACUGUAAUUUCGACUUUGUGUAUGUGGUAGCUAGUUGAAAUCAUUGUGCCUGUUCACACGCGUCCUAAAAUUCUAAAUCAAAUGGCUAAAUUAUACAUUUUAUGACCAAUUCCACAUGUUAGCUGAGUAGAUAUGGCGAUCUAAAGGGCUUAGACCUACAGGGAGUUACUUGUAAUUAAAUGCACCAUGUGCAAUCUCUGUAAAUACCUUGCUGUUUUCUUCUCACAUAUUGGCUCUGUAUGUUCACAUACAUUUGGUAUUUGAGCAAUUUGACUUUUUCUGAUGCCUGCAUCAUUAUUUUCACACUAGUAUACAUUCCUUGUUAAAAAUGUAAUAAAGUGACAUCAACACA